AUGAAAAUUUUAUGUAUUUUGCUACCACUAUAGGUUUCUCUGUUGUUGCUUUCUUUGAAGAUUCUUGAUUUUUAUUUUUUUGGGGUUUAAUCUUUACGGUAUUUAAAGACUGCUAGUUCUUGGGUUGUUUAAAAAUUGAGUCUUUUUUUCUUUAUCAAGAAAAGGGGUUGUGGUUUUAGGCGAUUCUUGAGUUUCUUUUGCAAUUUCAGAUCGAUGAGAGUUGGUUGAAGUUUUGAAUCAAAGUGAAUUUUGGAGUCAAUAUUUGGUUUGAGUUGUUUGAAAGUUGUAUUGAACAAGUGUUAAAGGAAGAAGCUUUGCAUAUGAGGGUUGAAGUUUACUCUAGUAUCAAAUAUCCAUUUGGUCAAUAGAGUAUUGACUUUUCAGUGUUGGGGAAAGAGUGGUUGUUUGCAAGUAAUUUGUAGGUUCAAAGUGUGUGAGGGUUGAGAAUGAGGCAUUCAGGGAUAAUUUGAUUUCGCAAACCAUGAGUUGCAGUGAGAAGAGCAGAGAAAGAGAAGAGGAAGAAAAUCCUGUUGGUAGUGUACAUAAAUAUGUUGAAGGUGUUUCGCGGAAUGGAUCAAUAGUACCCUCAACACAAUUAUCUAUUGAUGAGAGAGUGUUGGUGGAUCCAAAACAACUCUUUAUUGGAACGAAAAUUGGCGAGGGAGCUCAUGGAAAAGUUUAUGAAGGAAGGUAUGGUGAUCAAAUUGUUGCAAUAAAAGUUCUUAAUGGUGGUAACACCUCAGAAGAAAGAUCUUCACUUGAAGGCCGUUUUGUUCGGGAAGUUGUUAUGAUGUCAAGAGUAAAACAUGAGAAUCUUGUAAAAUUUAUUGGAGCUUGCAAGGAUCCUUUGAUGGUUAUAGUUUCAGAGCUACUGCCUGGAAUGUCUCUUCGGAAGUACUUAGUCAGCAUUCGACCAAACGUGCUUGACCUACAUGUUGCCUUAAAUUAUGCUCUUGACAUUGCUCGGGCCAUGGAAUGUUUACAUGCCAAUGGCAUUAUACAUAGAGAUCUAAAACCUGACAAUUUGCUGCUCACGGCCAAUCAGAAGUCUGUGAAGCUUGCAGAUUUUGGGUUAGCAAGGGAAGAAACCCUCACUGAGAUGAUGACAGCAGAAACUGGGACAUACCGGUGGAUGGCACCUGAGUUGUACAGCACUGUUACAUUGCGUCUGGGGGAGAAGAAGCAUUAUAAUAACAAGGUCGAUGUUUAUAGUUUUGGUAUUGUCUUGUGGGAAUUACUGACAAACCGCAUGCCAUUUGAGGGAAUGUCGAAUUUGCAAGCUGCUUAUGCUGCUGCUUUUAAGCAAGAGAGACCUAGUCUUCCAGAAGAUAUUUCUCCUGACUUGGCAUUUAUCAUACAAUCAUGUUGGGUGGAAGACCCUAACAUGCGACCAAGCUUCAGCCAGAUAAUCCGGAUGCUUACUGCAUACCUUUUCACACUUCCACCACCCUCACCAUCUGUACCAGCAACAGAACCUGUGGAGCAAACGGUUGCCAGCAAUGGUACUAUCGUUGAGUUUUCUGCACGAGCAAAGGGAAAAUUUGCUUUCCUUCGUCAACUUUUUGCUGCAAAGAAGGCUAAGAACUCACAGUAAGGUGGCAAAUUUUCGACACUCGCUGUUCCAGCUCAGUGACAGGGAUAAGAAGUGUUGAACAGAAACAAUGUUAGUGGACUAACCAAUAAACAAAACAAAGGAAGAAAACAUUAGUUAUUGUCAUUGUAAAGGAAGUUCGUUAAAAGUACUCUCUUGUUCAUAUCCAAUCCUCUCAUUUUUAUGGGAACCCCUCUGUAGCGUAGACCGUAUAGUAACACUUUUCUUUCGCAUUAUCACUUGGUAUCAGGAUGAUGAUGGCUGCUUCCUGACAGAUGUUUCUAACAAUAUAUGUUGCUCUUCAGAAUGCUAUUCAUCUGUAGCUAAUUUGAAUAAUAUAUGUUGCAACUCCUAUUCUGAAGUAA